UUCAAUAAAAGUACAGCAGUAGGAACAAGAUGGUGACGUCUGAUUUGCCGUGCCGCUCGGGACUCGCAGAAAAACAGUAAAUCCAGACACGACCUGUCGACCCCCCAAGAAAACGGUCCACCGCAGACGCUCAACGCACCCACUUUGACUCUCGGCCAUGCACGGAUGAGCCGUUCGGUGGUUGUUUCGGUGGCACUCAGUGGUAGAACUCGCUUUUCCGGGAUGUGCGGGCAGUGAUCACCCCUGGCACUAUGUCGGCUGCAGCCGGGGGCAGACCCAGCUCCGGCUCCGGGCCUUCCGUGGGCAACGCCGUCUCCCUGAAACCGAUCGAGGUCCCCCAGGCUCUGCAGAACGGAGAGAAGUUCAUUAAGUGGGAUGAGGACUCUGGCGUUGGAACCCCGGUGACAUUAAGGGUAGACCCUAACGGGUUCUACCUGUACUGGGUCGAUCAGAACCACGAAAUGGACCUCUUGGACAUCGCCAUUAUUCGAGAUACAAGAACGGGCAAGCACGCAAAAAUACCGAAGGACCCGAAGCUGAGGCAGAUCGUGACGAUGGGGUCACAGGACACGCUCGAGGAGAAGACGGUCACCGUCUGUUGUGCCAAUGACUUUGUAAAUAUAACUUUUAUAAAUUUUUGUUGUACAAGGAGAGAAAUCGCCAGGCUGUGGACGGACUCGCUGUUGAGUUUAGCUUAUAACUUGAACCAAAUUAACGGCACCACUAAAAUGUAUCUGUUCAAAGCGUACACUAAGCUUAGUUUAAUUAGGGAUAAGGCAGGAAACAUACCGGUCAAAAAUAUAUUGAAGAUGUUUGCGCAAAGCAAGGACGACAAGAAAAGAGUGGAAUCGAUUUUGCAGUCAUUGGGUUUUACGACUGGGAAAAAUGACACCAUCAAUCCUCAGGCUUUCGAUUUCGAAACGUUUUUUAAUUUUUACGUGCAUCUGACAAAGAGGGCGGAAGUGGAAAGGGUGUUUAAUGAAAUUUCUAGCGUGAAUUCGAAGAAGGUGAUGACGGCGCACCAAUUCGUGGACUUCCUGAACAAGACUCAGCGCGAUCCCAGGCUGAACGAGAUCCUCCACCCCUACGCCGACACCACUCGGGCCAAGGACCUGAUCGCCCUGUACGAACCCAACAAGUACAACGCGGGACGUGGUCAGCUCUCCUUCGAAGGCUUCCUGCGGUACCUGCUCUCGGAGGACAAUAACAUCAUGGCCGCCACCAAGUUCGAUCUCAGUCACGACAUGGACCAGUCGCUAGCGCAUUAUUUCAUCAACUCCUCGCACAACACGUACUUGACGGGCCACCAGAUCACGGGAAAGUCCAGCGCCGAGAUGUACAGGCAGUGCCUUCUCGCCGGAUGUAGGUGCGUUGAGCUCGAUUUUUGGAAUGGCCGAACAGAGGAGCCGGUAAUCUACCACGGCUAUACUUUUGUACCUGAAAUAUCAGCCAAGGAGGUGCUCGAGGCCAUCGCCGAGAGUUCCUUCAAGACAUCCGACUUCCCGGUGGUGCUCUCCUUCGAAAACCAUUGCAAUCCUCGGCAACAAGCCAGGAUCGCCAGCUACUGCAGGGAAAUUUUUGGAGAUAUGCUGCUAGAUACUCCCCUGGAUAUAUACAAGUUAGAACCAGGAAAUCCUCUACCACCGCCAUCCGCUUUGAAAAGGAAAAUAAUAAUAAAAAACAAAAAGAAGCACCAUCAUCACCACCACAAAAGGAAUGUAACGCCGUCACCCGAAGCUCAAGGUAGCGAACCGACUGGGAAUGGCGACGUACCUCACCACGCACCUUCUUUACAAACAAGGCAGGGCUCAAAAGAAUCGACAGGCACUGACGAAGAAGAGGACACCUCUAGCGAAGAAGAAGUAGAACCAUUGGAACCAGAAGCACCCAUAGAGAGUAAUCCGGAAGAAGGAGACCACAAACAAGCCCCUGCGAUGGAAUCGGAAGCGGGCGCUGAAAUUUCUGCCCUAGUAAACUACGUUCAACCCGUUCAUUUUUCCAGUUUCGAAAACGCCAAAAAAAAAAAUCGCAGCUACGAAAUGUCUUCAUUCGAUGAAAAGCAGGCCACUUCACUCCUCAAAGAAUACCCCAUCCAGUUCGUCAACUACAACAAACAUCAAUUGAGCAGGGUUUACCCUGCGGGCACCCGUUUUGACUCUUCCAACUUCAUGCCACAGGUAUUCUGGAACGCAGGUUGCCAACUCGUGGCAUUAAAUUACCAGACCCUAGAUCUGGCCAUGCAACUGAACUUGGGCAUCUUCGAGUACAAUUUCCGUUCCGGCUACCUGUUGAAGCCCGAAUUCAUGCGGCGGACCGACAGGAGGUUCUACCCGUUCGCCGAAUCCACUGUGGACGGGAUCAUAGCGGGAACCGUUAAAAUUACUGUGAUAUCUGGACAAUUUUUGACUGACAAGAGAGUAGGGACUUACGUUGAAGUUGAGAUGUACGGGUUGCCGGCUGAUACCGUGCGGAAGCGCUUCAAGACGAAGGUGGUGCCCAACAAUGGCAUUAACCCUGUCUAUGACGAGGAACCCUUUGUGUUUAAAAAGGUAGUUCUGCCAGAAUUAGCGUCUAUUAGAAUAGUAGCCUACGAGGAAUCAGGAAAAUUCAUUGGCCAUCGAAUCCUUCCUGUAGUGGGAUUAUGCCCGGGGUACCGGCAUGUUAAUUUGCGCACAGAAAUAGGCCAACCACUGCCUUUAGCGACGCUAUUCCUAAAGGUAGUGGUUAUGGACUACGUGCCCGAUGGUUUAUCGGACUUUGCCGAGGCCUUAGCCAAUCCUAUAAAGUACCAGAGCGAUCUAGAGAAGCGCGCGCAGCAACUGGCAGUUCUUACCGAUGACAUGGAACCUGCCGAGGGUGUCGAGGAACAGAACAAGAACAGUUUGUCAAGGGUGCAUAAGGAAGCGAUAACCAACGGUAGCCCCGCUCAAAGACCGACGAUAGCGACUGGUGCCUCGUCGGUGGACAUUACUACCGAUAAUGAAGUAACUGUUAUACCUACAACGGUGACUUCCACAAUUGCGGUCGAAACAAAUUCAUUAAAUAAAGUCAAUGAGGUUAAGGAGGAGAAGAUAGAAGAAAUCAUAGCGGAACCCUUAGAGAGGAUUCUAGAAAACAAAUUAGUUAAGGAAAAGAAGUUGGAACUAGAUAAGAAGUUGGAGACACUGAGGAAGAAGCAUGAGAAGAAAAAGAUGGCCUUAAACUCGCAGAAGUCUGGCGAUUUUUCAGAGAAAAGGUCCAAAUUGAUCAACAUGAAGCUUGUGAAGAGGCUAUCCAGCAAGAAUAUUGUGAGCGGGGUGUUUUCUACCGAAUCUGCCAGCGCGGAACCUUUGACGAGCGUCGCGGAUGGACCCGAGACCAGCGGAAGCGAUGGAGAGAAGCCUUCGAUCCCCAGGAGUCACUCAGAGAGGCUCUUGGCUAUUAACAAGGAGUUCGUGGUGCAAGAGAAAGAGUUAAGGGAGAAAUAUCACGAUGUUAUUUAUAACAUUGCGGAAAAAGUGAUGCGGUUGUCACAGGGCAACCAAAUAAAGGCUUUAAAGGAACAAUUCGAGAAAGAGACGUCAGAACUGAUGAGGAAACUCCAAGCGGACCAUAGAGAAGAAGUGAAGGCUCUGGCGAAGAAACAUCGGAACAGGGAGCAAUUCACGAGAGUAAAGAGAGAGGCGGUGACCGCGGUGGUUGGAAGAGGUGUUUCAGAGAGGGAGAAGUUGGGACAGUUAUUUGAAAAUCGUAGGGAGGAUCUACAGCGACAACAUGAAGUUGUUAGGGAUUUGUUAAUUGAGCAAAGGGAAAAGGCAAAAGCGGCGCUUUGCAAAGAGUUCGAGACGCGUCUGGCGAGGGUGGAAGGCGAGUCAAGCGAGGUUCUAUGAAUGGAACCCAACCAAAACAAACAUCGUACAACACUCUAGUAUGUCCUUUCAGCAGAAAACGGGUCUCCGAGAACAAACCGGAGAACCAAUCGAUGUAUCCGAGACCCACUAGGUAAAUCUGAGCAAACGCAAUACUUCAAAUUGAUGUAAUACGUGUUAAAAAAAAGGAAAGAAUACAGUCUUUGAUACCCUUCGACAAUCAAAUUUAAGGUGGCCCAUUAAUUUGGUAUUAGUCCCCUAAGUCUUGUUACUAGCAUAGUCUGUAUUGAUGUUUGUCGUUCAUUGUGAUAGUAGAGAUUAGUGAUUAGACCAAGUGAUAAGUUACUUGAGGAGGAGUUAGUCCGAAACACUUGUGCCAGUCGAUUUCCACUGAUUACCCUGAUUGGUCCAGCACCUCGGGGGUGAGAUGUUCGAUUUUAUUUUCUAAGUCCUAGUGAUUGCGAAAUCAGACCUUGUAACUCUGUACCCAUAACCAAUUACCAUUUUUUAAUGCGGUUAAUUCAAUUCCGCCAUACACACUGCAAAACUUGGAAGUAAAGCCAGUAACUAUGUACUUAAUUUAAUUUUUUCAACGAGUCAUUAUUUUCUUAGUUUUUAGUUCAUAAAUAUUCAAGAAAUUUUAUUAACAAACUUUUAGUUACUUACAUUCCAGAAAAUUAAUUUUUGACAGCUGUCAAACAGAUGCGGCAUCUAGUAUCUAUAUUAAUAAAUUUUAUAUAUACUCCGUUGUUUCAGUGAGGACGCACACCACAGACAGUCGGCGAUCGAUUAUUUUUUACUGCUUUUUAAAUGACCAGGAACGUACAACCGUUAUUUUAUUUGAUGACGGCAAAUGCACAUGUUAGUUCAAUGUAUACAUUUCUUUAAAUAUUUUUGUUUUGGAAUUCUCUGCAAGAGAUAUACAAAAUAUGGUGCAUUUUUCGUACGUCUUACUAACAGCCGACUUACGUAGGAAUAUGUGAUUCGACAGUUGGAUUGGUCAAAAAAUGGAACAUGUUGCAUUUGUUUUGUUAGAACUACAUUGUUGGCCAUCUGUGCAUGUUUCAAAGUGUCGUGUCCAUUCUUGCCAUCAAAAUAGUCGGCAGUCGACUGUUUGUCAAUGUGUGUGACCGAUAAUUUCAAUGUUUUUCACAGAUUAGGUAUACUUCGAUAUACUACGCAUCUUCAUACCGAGUUAACAGUAAUCAAAUAUUAUAUACAGAGUGUUCCUAAAUAAGUGUUGCAACGGAAAACUGUAAA